UCGCGCUCCUUUCUUCCGACUCUCCGUCAGCGCUUGGUAUGUUAGCUGGUUUUCCAGCGCCAAACGCCUCAUUUCUGACUGUUUUUUCAUUCGUAACGACAAGAGUUCCGCUUUUUGUGUUCUAGAAAGAUGCCGGCUAAAGGUCCUUUACAGUCCGUCCAGGUUUUCGGACGUAAAAAAACAGCCACGGCCGUUGCCCACUGCAAGCGCGGCAAUGGCCUCAUCAAGGUGAACGGUCGGCCUCUGGAGAUGAUUGAACCGGCCACUCUGCAGUACAAGCUGCUGGAGCCUGUCCUGUUGCUUGGCAAAGAGCGCUUUGCAGGAGUUGACAUCAGGGUGCGUGUCAAGGGUGGUGGACAUGUAGCACAGAUCUACGCUAUUCGUCAGGCAAUCUCCAAAUCCCUUGUGGCAUACUACCAGAAAUAUGUGGACGAAGCUUCCAAGAAAGAGAUCAAGGACAUCCUGAUCCAGUAUGACAGGACCCUGCUGGUGGCCGACCCGCGCCGCUGCGAGGCCAAGAAGUUCGGUGGACCUGGAGCCCGUGCACGCUAUCAGAAGUCUUACCGUUAGUGUGCAUUUUCCUGUAAUAAAUGUGUGAAAUGA